AAAAGGCUCAAAGAGAAACUGCUGACCUUAACAAACACCAUGGCUGUCAAUCACUGCAUUUUUCCGUUGGUGUUUCUCUUGCUGGUUGUUGGGUCUUUCGGAAGGCCUUUAUACCCACUUCCCAGUAAAUAUAAAUAUAAUCGUGGAAGUAAACAGCCUUUACAAACUUCUCGUCCGUACAAUAUUGCCCAUCGGGGUUCUAAUGGAGAAAUUCCUGAAGAAACUACACCUGCAUACAUGAGAGCUAUUGAAGAGGGAACAGACUUUAUUGAAACAGAUAUCUUAUCUUCCAAAGAUGGAGUCCUCAUAUGCUUCCACGAUGUGAUACUCGAUCUUACUACCGAUGUUGCGGAACACAAGCAAUUCGCUAACCGUAAAAGGACUUAUGAGGUUCAAGGGUUCAAUGUCACUGGCUUUUUCACCGUUGAUUUCACUCUAAAGGAACUGAAGUCAUUGCGCGUGAAGCAGAGGUAUUCUUUCCGUGAUCAACAAUAUAAUGGAAAGUUUUCUAUUAUUACUUUUGAAGGAUUCAUCGAAAUUGCCCUGGAUGCACCCAGAGUUGUUGGAAUAUAUCCAGAGAUAAAAAAUCCAGUUUUUAUCAACCAGCAUGUGAAGUGGCCACAUGGUAAGAAAUUUGAGGACAUCUUUGUGGAGACACUCCAAAAGUAUGGAUACAAGGGUUCAUAUAUGUCAAAAGAUUGGUUGAAACAACCUGCAUUUAUCCAGUCAUUUGCUCCGACUUCACUUUUACACAUAUCAAAUCUCACAGACUUGCCCAAGAUCUUAUUAAUUGAUGAUAUUACUAUGCCGACUCAAGACACUAAUCAGUCAUAUUGGGAAAUCACCUCCGAUAGUUACUUUGACUACAUCAAAGAUUAUGUGGUGGGGAUUGGGCCUUGGAAGGAUACAGUGGUUCCUGUGGUAAAUAAUUAUUUGCAAGUACCUACCGAUCUGGUGGCUAGAGCGCAUGCUCAUAACCUACAGGUGCAUCCAUACACGUUUAGAAAUGAGAACCAGUUCUUGCACUUGGACUUUCACCAAGACCCGUAUGCAGAGUUUGAUUUCUGGAUUAACCAGAUAGGAAUUGAUGGACUCUUUACAGACUUCACAGGCUGCCUUCACAAUUUCCAGGAGUUUACAUCCUAUAAAGGUGGUGAUGAUCGGAGUGCAUCUAAAUUAUUGCAUGAAAUUGCAAAGUUGGUUUUUUCCUAUAAGAAAGUAUGACAUCUUGUGGAUCGAAUUUUCCUUUUAUUGUCAAUGCACAUUUCUAUGGACAACCUUA